AUGCUUGCUGCUGCUGCUUCAGCUUCUCGACACCUUCUUCAACUCGAUGGCAGCAUCGGUGCUUGCAGUGGCAGUGGCAAUCGAGUUCGCUCUAUUUUAACUGUUUCUGCCAUCGCCACAAUUUACCCAAAUCGCACCAAGACCUGUCAUAGUUAUGGUUAUGGAAUCAGUUUCAAUGCCCCAAAACACAGAACGUGCCCAAGUUUGUUGUUUGCUGUAAAGGGGUUCCUCUCUGAUUCAUCAAAUUCCAAUCCUCCACAUGGCAGAGUACCUAGACCAUACUUACCACACCCUAGUUCAACUGUGGAUGGGCGAGCAUUGUUCUCAUCUUCAACCAAAGAUGAGGGAAGCCAAAGCCAAAAGACUGGUUCUUCCACCAUUGCUAAACCACGACCAUCAGUUCCUGGUGGGGAAGUUGCUGAUGUGAAGAUCCUUGGCACACUUGCCAGUUACCUUUGGAUGAAAGAUAAUCUUGAAUUUCGGGUUCGGGUUAUUGCUGCAUUGGGUUUACUUAUUGGGGCUAAGGUUUUGAAUGUUCAGGUCCCGUUCUUGUUCAAGCUUGCAGUUGAUUCGUUGACGACUGCCACGGGAAGUGCUGCUACUCUUGCUUCGAGUUCAAGUGGGCUGGCUCUUUUUGCAACCCCAGUGGCAGUGUUGGUUGGAUAUGGGAUUGCGCGUUCAGGAGCUUCCGCUUUCAAUGAACUGCGGACUGCUGUAUUUUCCAAGGUUGCACUGCGGACAAUUCGUUUAGUAUCAAGGAAGGUCUUCUCACAUUUGCAUGACCUUGACCUUCGGUAUCAUCUAAGCCGAGAAACUGGUGCAUUAAGUAGAAUAAUUGACCGUGGUAGUCGUGGAAUAAAUUUCAUUCUCUCUUCUAUGGUGUUCAAUGUAGUACCCACCAUAUUAGAGAUAUCUUUGGUAGCAGGUAUACUGGCCUAUAAAUUUGGAGCUCCCUUUGCGCUGAUUACUUCCUUAUCAGUUGCUGCUUAUGUUAUUUUUACACUGUCUAUCACACAGUGGAGGACUAAGUUCAGGAGAGCCAUGAAUAAGGCGGAUAAUGAUGCCAGUACGAGGGUUAUUGAUUCACUUAUUAAUUAUGAGACUGUCAAAUAUUUUAAUAAUGAAGUGUAUGAAGCUGGUAACUAUGACAAGUACCUAAAGAGAUAUGAAGAUGCUGCUCUGAAAACCCAACGCAGUCUUGCUUUGUUGAACUUUGGUCAAAAUGUUAUAUUUAGUACUGCUCUUUCAUCAGCAAUGGUGCUGUGCUCUCAUGGGAUCAUGGAUGGGACGAUGACUGUUGGUGAUUUGGUAAUGGUGAAUGGGCUUCUCUUUCAACUAUCUCUUCCACUUAAUUUCCUUGGUAGUGUUUAUCGAGAGACUAUGCAGAGUUUAAUUGACAUGAAAUCGAUGUUUCAGUUACUUGAGGAAAGAGCAGACAUUAGGGACAAAGAAAAUACAAAGCCUCUGAGAUUUAAUGGGGGAGAAUCCAAUUUGAGAAUGUACAUUUUAGAAGCCAAAUUUAUUUACCUCACCGAAAGAAAGAUACUAGAUGGAAUAUCACUUGUUGUGCCAGCUGGUAAAAGUGUUGCAAUUGUUGGAACUAGUGGAAGUGGAAAAUCAACCAUUCUUAGAUUGCUAUUCAGGUUCUUUGAUCCUAAUUCUGGAAGUAUAAAGAUAGACGAUCAAGAUAUUCGAGAGGUAACCCUUGAGAGUUUGCGGAAGUCCAUUGGUGUUGUUCCACAAGAUACUGUACUUUUCAACGAUACAAUAUUUCAUAACAUUCACUAUGGUCGGCUUUCUGCAACAAAAGAGGAGGUCUAUGAAGCUGCUCGGCAAGCAGCAAUUCAUAACACUAUCAUGAAUUUUCCUGAUAAAUAUUCAACUGUUGUCGGAGAGCGAGGACUUAAGUUAAGUGGUGGUGAGAAGCAACGUGUUGCCCUAGCUCGUGCAUUCUUAAAAGCACCUGCAAUUCUGUUGUGUGAUGAAGCCACAAGUGCUCUUGACAGCACAACAGAAGCAGAGAUUUUAAGUGCCUUAAAGUCAGUAGCAAAAAAUCGAACUUCCAUAUUCAUUGCUCACAGGCUUACCACUGCAAUGCAGUGUGAUGAGAUUAUUGUUUUGGAAAAUGGGAAGGUGAUUGAGCAAGGACCACAUGAAGUGCUCUUAUCAAAAGCAGGAAGAUACGCACAACUGUGGGGACAGCAAAAUAACUCAGUUGAUGCAAUUGAUACAGCCAUCAAGCUGGGAGCAUAA